AGUUAAGCAUUGUGCUUAACACUUGAGAGAUCUAGGAAAUGGCUCUACUAUCAAUGUAUUUGCUGCAACAAUAUUCAUGGCAAGAGCUACACAAAAUACCCUUCAUUAAUCCCCUCCUUUCUCUUCUUUUCCUCGUCUCUUUUCUUUAUGCUUUCAAGCGUAUUAGAAGUGGGAAACCCAAUUUACCUCCUUCCCCACCAAAGCUACCAAUCCUAGGCAACCUUCACCAGCUUGGCACACUCCCACACCGCUCUCUUCAAGCCCUUUCAAACAAGUACGGCCCUCUAAUGUUCUUAAACUUGGGCAAUACUCCAACUCUUGUGGUGUCGUCUGGAGAUAUGGCAAGAGAAAUGUUGAAGACACAUGAUGUCAUUUUCUCAAACCGGCCAAAAAUUACCGCUGCCAAUGCCUUACUCUAUGGAUGCACAGAUGUGGCAUUCUCACCUUAUGGUGAGUAUUGGAGACAAGCUAGGAGAAUUUGUGUGUUAGAACUUUUGAGCCUCAAAAGAGUGCAAUCCUUCCAAUAUGUAAGGGAAGAAGAAAUUGAAGUAUUGAUGAAAAAGAUACGUGAGGCGUGUAGCAAAGGGGCUUCUGUUAAUCUAAGUGGGAUGUUCAUGGCAACCUCCAACAACAUAGUCACAAGAUGUGUGCUUGGAAAAACGUUUGAAGAAGAAGAAGGUAAGAGUACAUUCGAACAUCUAUCAAGAAGGAUAAUGAUGCACCUUGGAGCAUUCUGCUUGGGAGAUUUUUUCCCUUUCUUGGGAUGGAUUGAUGUUCUUACGGGAUUUAUCCCGAGUUUGAAAGCCACUUUCAGAGAAUUAGAUGCUUUAUUUGAUCAAGUGAUCGAAGAACACAGAACAUUUAAAACUGACGAUGAUGAGAGGAAAGACUUAGUUGAUAUUCUCCUCAAACUUCAAAAGAACGACAUGCUUGAUGCUGUGCUCGCUCAAGGCAACCUCAAAGCAAUCCUUCUGGACAUGUUUGUGGGAGGAACUGAUACUACUUCAACAACUUUGGAAUGGUUAAUGGCGGAGCUCAUAAAACAUCCAAAUAUUAUGAAGAGAGCACAAGAAGAGGUGAGAAGGGUGGUGGGAAAGAAAUCAAAGAUAGAUGUGAAUGACAUCAACCAAAUGGAUUACUUGAAGUGUAUCCUCAAAGAAACUCUAAGACUACAUCCAGCAGCUCCUCUCUCGGUACCUCGAGAAACAUUAGCAAGUGUCAAAUUUGAAGGUUAUGAUAUUCCAGAAAAAACAAGAGUAUUUGUCAAUAUAUGGGCAAUCCAAAGGGACCCAACUGUAUGGGAGAGGCCAGAAGAGUUCCUCCCGGAGAGAUUCAAUGACACGACGGUUGAUUUCAAUAGGCAAGAGUUUGAAUUCAUCCCAUUUGGAGGUGGGAGAAGGAGAUGUCCAGGACUGACAUUCGGUGUUACUUCAAUUGAAUAUGUGAUUGCCAACAUCUUAUAUUGGUUUGAUUGGAAUUUGCCUAGUGGUAGUGCACAAGGGAAAGACUUGGACAUGAGUGAAGUUAAUGGGCUCACCGUGUCAAAGAAAAUUCCUCUUCUUCUUGUACCAACACUGCACUCUCCUUGAUCUAUGCAUUAGUGUGCUGAUGAUGUUA